AUGUCUGCGGAAAACACUAUGCGCGCGGUGGUCUUCCGCGGCCCUUUUAAGGUCGCUGUUGAGGAGCGCCCCGUGCCUCGGAUUCAGGAUGCGGGGGAUAUUGUGGUUAAGGUGACUUAUACGGCGCUUUGUGGGAGUGACCUUCAUGUGUACCGUGGCAUAGAGCCCUCGGGGACAGGCUAUGUGAUGGGCCAUGAAGUUACUGGUGUGGUGGUUGAGACGGGCGAUGCUGUGCAGUCUGUCCAGAAGGGGGAUAAGGUCGUGAGUGCUUUUACGACGUCCUGCGGGAAGUGCUACUACUGCAAACAAGGAUACUCGUCCCGUUGCGAACAGAACAUGCUUCUGGGUUGCGACCAUCUGGAUGGUGCUCAGGCCGAAUAUGUGAGUCUAUCUUAUCUCAACAUUAGAAUCCCCAAUGCGGAUGGAUCGGUGGUCAAAGCCCCUGAGGGCGUCGACGAGAAGUACCUCGUCCUCAUGGCGGAUAUCUUCCCGACUGGCUACUUCGCCGCGCGAAAUGCAUUCAAGACUUCUACUAAGGAGCAAAUCGCAGAGCAGACGGUUGUCCUCAUCGGCUGCGGGCCAGUCGGACUCUGUGCGUUGAUCAAUGCGCUGGAGUACAAGCCUAAGCAUUUACUGGCGGUUGACUCCGUUCCUGCGCGUCUGGAACUUGCCAGGGAGCUGGGAGCUGAGCCUUGGAACUUCCAGACUGACCGGGAAGGCCUCGACAAGCGCGUCCUGGAGUUGACGGAGGGACGUGGUGCUGAUGCUGUCAUUGAGGUGGUGGGAUUGAGUCCGGCGCUGAAGACUGGUUAUGAUCUGCUGCGGCCGUUCGGCACCAUUAGCAGUGUUGGUGUGCACAAUGGAGAGAUCCCGUGGAAUGGAUGUGAGGCCUAUGGAAAGAACCUCACGGUCCAGAUGGGCCGGUGCCCUGUGCGGUCCGUUUCGGAAGAGGCGUUGGAAGUUCUGAAGAAGAACCAGCAUCGUCUUGGCUUCAUGGCCGACAAGAUCAUGCCCCUGUCGCAGGCGGUUGAGGCGUAUGAGAUUUUCAACGCCAUGAAGGUGCAAAAGGUGAUUUUCGAGGCGGAUAAAUAG